AUGCAGGCGCGCUACUCCGUCUCGAGCCCCAACUCUCUGGGCGUCGUGCCUUACAUUAGUAGCGACCAAAGCUACUACCGGGCCGCCACCGGUGGAGGAUACACCGGGAUGCCGGCCCCUAUGAGUAUGUACUCUCACGCGGCCCACGAUCAGUACCCGGCCAGCAUGGCGCGAGCCUAUGGACCUUAUACCCCGCAGCCCCAGCCGAAGGAUAUGGUGAAACCCCCGUACAGUUACAUUGCGCUCAUUACUAUGGCUAUCCAGAACUCGCCUGACAAGAAGGUGACCCUGAACGGGAUUUAUCAGUUUAUCAUGGAAAGGUUCCCGUUCUACCGAGACAACAAACAGGGCUGGCAGAACAGCAUCAGGCACAAUCUCUCUCUCAAUGAGUGUUUUGUCAAAGUUCCCCGUGAUGACAAAAAGCCUGGCAAGGGGAGCUACUGGACCCUGGACCCGGACUCAUACAACAUGUUCGAGAACGGCAGCUUCUUGAGGAGGAGGCGACGGUUUAAGAAGAAAGACGCAAUGAAAGACAAGGAUGACCGGGGUGCUAAGGAGACGCCGUCUAGACAGGGCCGGGACGCGGAACAGCCCGUGCAGGGCUCCCAGCCAGUCCGGAUCCAGGAUAUUAAGACCGAGAACGGGAACGCGACACCCCCACAGGCCGCCUCGCCCUCCCUGAGCACUGUGCCCAAAGUCGAGAGUCCCGACAGCAGCAGCAGCAGCAUCUCCAGCAACGGCAGCCCCCACAGCAUCCCGUCCAACAGGUCCAUCGGCAUGGAGAGCUCCGAGCAGCAGCAGCAGCAGCACCACCAGCACAGCCAGGCCCAGGGCUUCAGUGUGGACAACAUCAUGACUUCCCUCCGGGGGUCUCCACAGGAUGCCACAGAGCUCGCCCCGUCCAUCAUCGCUUCGUCCAGGACAGGUAUAACACCGUCUUUGUCCCUAAACUAUUCACCGAACCAGACGUCAGUCUAUAGCUCACCCUGUAACCAAAACUCUAUCUCCACUACCUCGAAUGCUAGCUACCAUUGUAAUAUGCAAGCCAUGAGUUUAUACGCCGGGGAUAGAUCUGGCCACCUAGCUCCGACUACCACCGUGGAUGAAACGUUGCCAGAUUACUCCAUCACGACCACCUCCUCCCCUCUGGCCCACGGCAAUCUAAACACUGGGCAGGAGGGCCACCAUCCCCACCAAGGGCGGCUUCCCUCAUGGUACCUCAACCAGGCCGGGGACCUGGGUCACAUCGGGGCGACCUACCCCGCCCAGCAGCAGAACUUCCACUCCGUGCGCGAGAUGUUCGAAUCUCAAAGAAUUGGCUUGAAUAAUUCUCCUGUGAACGGGAAUAACAGCUGUCAAAUGUCAUUUCCCCCUAGCCAAUCCAUCUACCGCACUUCAGGAGCUUUCGUAUAUGACUGCAGCAAGUUCUGA